GAAGCGACAUUUGCAUGAUUUUAAUGAUGCUGCGUGCGCCCGAGGACUGCAGCAGACGACACUAGAAUACGACGUGGUACUAACAGCUGCAGGACAGCCACGGACCAUGUUACACGUGAAAGUUGUGGCACUGCUGACUUUUCUAGCAGUCGUAAGUCAAGGGUGGACUGAACAAUUUAGCCCAUUCGCAGAUGGCAUUCCGCAGCCACCAAAACCAGAAGAUGUCGCCACUGAUGACGCCACAGAUGACGCCACUGCUGACAUCCCCACCAUAGUGGUGGCGCCACAGGUCAGCUCUGAAGACCAACCAGAACCACAGCAAAUGGUGGGAACAGGGGAAGAUUCCACACCCGCUGAACAGAAUGCCGAGACACCAGCACAGCAGAUGACUAUCACAGUGAACGGAGCGCCGGUCAUGCCCGUCUUCCCCGUGCCUCCAAACCCCGACACUGCCAACCAGGGGGCCUUUUUCCCUAGAAUGCCCCUUCCGCCAACUCCAGAGGGAGUCCAGCCUGAUCAAGCCCCGGAAGAAACCACCCAGGAAGACAGCCAGCCCGCGGACAACCAGCCAAUCUCGAUUGUUGCUGUCCCAGAGGCCGAUGACAGCCAAGACGUUCCCGUCCCAAGUCAGGAUAACACUCCAAUCAGCGCCCCUAGCGGUACAGGAUUCAGUGACCCAAGACGGCCACUCCUUGGCGGAGACGACAACCGCAGGCGAGGGCCCUUCCCGCGGCCGUUUAUGCCAAACAACAUGGCCCCUCAACCCUUCCCCUUCAUGAUGGGACCAGCGGCUCCACCUGCCGGUGCAAUGCCUCAGAUGCCACCCAACCCGUUCCUCCAACCUGAUCAGAAUGACGAGGACAGCCAGCAGCCUCAAGAGCCUCAACACAACCAAGAAGCUGACGAGAGUGAAGGCCCACAACAGACACCCCAAAUCAUGGCUAAUCUUCUGGGACUAAUGUUCGGUUUAGGCAGUAACACCAAUGUCUCUCCUGAUCGUCACCUCACUCACCCACAAGACCAGAGCCACGACGACACCAACCAACAACAACCACCAGUUUUCCAGAGAGGAGAUAACCAGGAGGUGCCAUUCCCGUUCCCGUCAGGUCGUCCAAACCAGUCUUUCCCUACGCCCCAAAGGGGACACGGUAUGGCUAUGAUGGGCGCCCCUGCUUUCCCGGGUCCGUUUGGCAACCAGAACGACGAUACACCCAGGCCAUCUUUAAUCAUGAAUCCAUCAGACCAGCCGCUGAGAAGACCGUUCAAUUCUCCAGACAGCAAUAUGCCGGGAAUCCCGAAUGUCCCAGGAAUUUUCAUUGACAUGAUGGCAAUGCAACCACAUCAACAGCAACAACAACCAGAUGCCAACAACAACCAUCAGCCACAAGGCCAUGGAUUUAACAUGAUCUUUGACAUCAGCCCCGAGCACUCCCCUGAACCCGACCAACAGCGCCCCCUGGAACAACUUCCGGAAGGAGCAUUCAAAACUUUCUUGAUGCACGUUGGUGUUCCUCCCCAGACCGGACCCCAUGGUUUCCAGCCACAGGAGCAGCCACGCCCGUUUGGCCCCCAGGCUCCGCAAAUGGAAUCUUACGGCCCACCGCCCGGUCAUCUGAGGAAAAUGCCCGGCCAAAGAGGGCCACACGGCAAUAUGUUCAUGAAUGGGCCAAGACACGAGAUGAACAGAGGCAUGGGCAUGAUGAUGAUGAUGCCUUUAGGACAAGACGGUCUCCAACAGCGCAACCCAAUGGAGAUGAACCCACCAAACUUCGGGCAUCAUCAACAGAUGCCUCAACAGAAAAACGGGAGAUUCCCAGCUCCACAGCAUGGCAUGUCUUCUCCUCAACAUGGAAUGCAGAUGCCACAGCACAGUAUCCCUGCUCAACAACAGCAAGCACAUGGAAUGCCAGCUCAGCAACACGAAACAGACACGCCCCAACAGCAACCAGGCAUGGACAUGUCACAUGGUAUGGGGAUGCCAGGUCCACGACCAAGGGGGAUGGUCAUGGGUGGUCGCCCCCUGCCGAGCGUGCUCGUCUACGAGAGACUUUCCCACGUUACCUUCGCGUCACGUCGCCGCGAACAGCAGCGCCAGCAGAUGCUACCACCACCUGGUGGUCCGCGUAUGUGGUUUAUGAAACCGAGACCACAGCCUCUGUUCAACUUCCCUCUCAUGCCACCAAUGAGACCAGCCAAGAACUUCAUCCCCAAUGCCGGGUUCGACACUCCUGUCCACGGAGUCCCACUCCCCAAGUUGCCAAUUCUCUCCCAUGCCCCCCACAGCGGUGCCCCCACCAACCCCGUGUGCUACCUGCCCAUGGAGGUGGGCACCUGCACUGGAACCAUGUUCAGAUGGCAUUACAAUGAGAAGAGUGGCAUCUGUGAGCCGUUCAUGUUCAGCGGGUGCGGCGGAAAUGCCAAUAAUUUCGAAACCGAGGAGGCUUGCAGUAAUGUCUGCUGUGACCACGUUGAUGUGCCAGACGUUGACGUGCCAGCCCCAGUUGAUGUGCCAAUUGACCAGGGAGAUAGCAAAGAUGACGUCAGCGGUACUGCUAUCGGACAGCCCGAACCUCCAAGUGAAAAACCAGAGGCACCUGCUGAGCAGAAGCCAGCACCCAAGGCAAAGCCUGUUGAAGAGAUCCCCACUGUGAAAACUGCUGAGCCAAAGAAGCAGCCUGAAUCUAAGGUGGUCCUGGAGGAGAAGACCUCUCCAGCCGCUGAGGAGGAGACCAUUAAAGAGGAUGUCAAGGAAGACAAGAUGGCCGCCGAGAGCCAGCGUGCAGGAGAAGAGCAGGGUGAUCACGUGGUUAUGACGACAUACAGCUGGGCUCACAAUCUGGAGUACGCCACCAUCAUUGCUGUGGUCUGUGUGGUGGCACUUGCCGCCUUGGCGCUGAUCAUCCUGACAGCCGUGAAAUGCAUGAAAAGUGGAAAAGUGAGCAAGAAGGAGAAAGCAAUGGAGGCCAUUCUAAGAGCCCAUCUUCACAACGACCUUCCAAAACUAGUCGUGACCUCCGAGGUCGCCCCGGUCCACGAGAAGAAAGAGCCAAUCCAUUCCAAUGAAGAGAAGGAAAAGGAGGCAAACGCAUAGAUAAACAGCGUUUGAAAAUGGCGCCACGCCGCACUGAGUUAGGGGGGAGAUUUAUAUCCACGAUUUGCUUAUCGACUGUCGAUGUUUUUAAAAAAGGAGCAUAGGUGGAAGAAGAAACGAAAUAUACACUUAUUUGGAUUUACGUAAUUUCGGCUGCAUUUAUCGUUUCAAUCAUUUUGACAUUGAUAUUUUUUUGGAAUAAAACGGUAAAUCAAAAGUCUGAACCGGUGAUGUCUUUAUGUGAAGUCUUUGUGUUUGUACGUCUUGUAAAUACGUUUAUCUGAAAGCUAAUAUCCAAAUUACGCACAUAUAUAUUAUCUCUAAUGGACAUUAUAAAGAAUAAGAUCCAAUUCUUAUGUAACAAAGGUUGUGAUUAAAAACACAUUAAAUAACUCGUAUUUUGCUUUCCAUAUAAAAAGGAAAUAAACAGUCAAAAGUGA